AUGGAAGUGGUAAGGGCAGAUCCCAAGAAGACUUUCAAACUCGAAAAGAGGAUAGGAAAGGGAACCUAUGGGGAGGUUUGGCAAGCUUACUAUCGAAGCAAUGGCACUGAAAGAGUCUGUUAUCUACUUUUAACGGCUUUAUGUAAAUAUUUCUGUGAACAGGGUAUUAUUCUUGCAAAUCACUGCCUUACAGGUCAAAAUGUGGCAAUUAAAAUCAUUGAUGACAUAGCGGAGGCCUUAGAAGAAGUUAAAGAAACGCGUGCUCUCAAUCGCCUCUGCUACAAUCAUCCGAACCUUCCCCAAUUUAUGGGUGUUUACGUCAACAGCCCCGCGGAUGACCUGCUUCAACCGCAAGUGUGGAUUGCCAUGGAAUUAUGCGGCGGCGGUACAGUCACUGAGCUGUCUAAACGCUUCGCCAAGCUCAUUCCUUGUUUAUCGACUGUUUGUCCGGAAGAGCUAGUUCACAAAUAUCUUUCCACUUCCAACCUGUCAAUUACAAAAACGUCUCCGACUAAUCUGCAACACAAGAAUGACCUUAUAAACAAGCUUUCCGUGGCCCAUUGUCCCUGUCUCACUCAUCGUCGUGCUCGAAAUAAGCAUCGACUUGAAGUCGGUGUGAAAAAACGCCUGGAUUUAAUGAAGAAACAUGCACCUCGUCUUUACCUACCACGCAAUAUUUGUUGUAUUGAUGGAGGGGAUUCACCUGGACGCCUUCCGGUGGUCGUGCUGCAGUACCUUCUCUAUUCCACUGUCUCUGCUUUAGCACACCUUCAUUCCUUUGGUGUUAUUCAUCGCGACGUCAAAGGCAGCAAUAUACUACUGACUGACAAUGGUGAGGUCAAGCUGGUAGAUUUCGGUGAGUGA